CCUUUUUAUUGCGGAAUGGUAUCGCCCGCCAUCGUCUUUUCUCGCGACAUUCAUCCCGAACAAUUUGCGCAUGCGCCAGAUUCUGUUUGCGAAAUGGGGAAGAUCACUGAAGAUGGCGGUGAAUAGCGAAUCAGAAGGCACCACGGAGAAAGACGACAAGGACGGGGUGGCCCCCCGACCCAGCAAACUGCCCGAUAAACUCGAGGCGCUGCCCAAACCGUCGGCCUUUCCUCGCGUUCGCCACCGAUGGAACACCAACGAGGAAAUCGCUGGCUUCUUGCUGUGUUUUGACAUCCAUCAACAAUGGCUGUCCACAACUCCCAAACUCAGACCUCAAAGCGGCUCCAUGAUCCUCUACAACAGAAAGAAGGUGAAGUACAGAAAAGACGGCUACAGCUGGAAGAAACGCAAGGAUGGCAAAACUACCAGAGAAGAUCACAUGAAGCUCAAAGUACAGGGUGUAGAGUGCCUGUAUGGCUGCUAUGUGCAUUCCUCUAUUGUGCCAACAUUCCACAGAAGAUGCUACUGGUUGUUGCAGAACCCAGACAUAGUGUUGGUACACUACCUGAAUGUGCCGACGACUGAGGACUCCAAACCCUCCGUUCCCCCCACCAUUCCCCUCCGCAUCGACUCACAAGAAUGGACAAAAGACGAACUCCUGAAGCAGCUCAAGCCUAUGUUUGCAGGAGUCAAGGUCGGAAGUAACAACGACGUGAGCGAGACGAUUGAGGCAGUUGUGGAGAAGUUACUGGACAACAAGGCUCCCAAACCCCAGCCUAAGACAGUCACGCACGCCUGCGUCUGUGCUAAGGAUGGGGCGGGAACCAAGCAGAAGUGCGGUCACACUCCACACCGAAUCAUCUCGCCCAAGGUCGAGAGUACGCGUUCCGAGAUGGAGAGUCCUGCAGGCUUGAGCAGCGAUGCGACCCCUGACCUCGCGCCCCCUCCGCAGCCGGCCCCCGCGGUGGUGAGCAUGAUCGGGAAGGUUCCGAACGGGCUGGCGGCGCGGAACGGCGCGGUGGUGAGUCUCAACGGGCUGGCGGGACCGGGGGCAGGCGGCGUGCACAACGGGAUGUUUACCAGCGGGAUCGCGGUGACGGGGAUUAGCACGAGUGGUUCGAUAGUCAGCGCAAAUCUCUUGUGUGGAGUUCCCGUGCUGCCCGGCUACACAACGGACGACCACCACCACCAGCUACCCACCUCCGUCGUCACCCCCCUCCCCACCGGCAUGGUGUCCAUGGUCCCUCAGUCCUCCCCUCACAACGUGGCCAUUUCCACCGCGGACGGAGGUAGCGCCAUGGUGUUCCACCCCGCAACCGCCUCGCAGCCGAACAGCGUGCCCAUGGUCCUGAAUGGCAUCGCGUCGUCUGCGCAGGGGUGGCCGGUGAAGGUGGAGAAUGAAGUUCCAACUCCUGUUAACUCGGCGGCAAACUCGCACAGCCCCGCUGCUUCCAUGAACCAUGCAAGAUUCCUGUCUUCGCAAGGCUCUUUCGAUCUCCCGCCGUCCUCAAUGCUGACCAUCUACGAGUCUAAUGCGCUUGCAGGCCAGGCUUUGGUCGGCCACGCUCUACCCGGCCAGACGCUGGCCGAGGCGGCGCCCGUAAGUCGGUACAGUCUGAAUCUGAACACGAUCCACGGAGAAGGGCAUGCCAUGACGGCGCCAUCCACCCCCAGUAGGGCCCCGCAUAGCUUCACUGGGGGGGGAUUCAGCCGCAAGAUGGCUCUCGACGCCAAGGGCUUCGUCAAGAGGAGCAAGAGCCUGGACGAACAGGUUCUACAGACAAGUAACCAUGGCGGCGGACACGCCCACCCGAACGGAUUCGCCCUGGAGGGGGCGGGGGUGGUCCAGGGGGGUACUACAGACCGGCAGCUACUCUUUGCUCAGGACAUGACAAGUGCAAUAGGGGGGGAUGCGGCGGCGGUGGGGGGGCAACAACAGUUGAACAGUGGCAGUUUCGGCGAGGGCUUGAACUUAAACCAUCACCCGUACCCCCCUCCCGACUACAAGACGGCGGUAGCCAUGAAUUCCGGCGCCCGGGAUGCCAUCGGGUCUCCCACGGUCGUUUCCUCAGGCGGCGGCGAAGGCCAGCUGACCUCACCCCUGAGUGAGACCAAUGAGUUCGGGUGUCGGGACAUUCUGCUGAGCGGCAGCAGCGUGAUCCCGACGGGGCUGUCCCACCACGCGGCCAACGGGCACCUCUCCCCGCCACAGAACCUGACCCUUAACCUCGGCACCCUCUCCUCCAAUCAGGCGCUCGACAACCUGGACCUGAACACCCCCACCUCCGACGUGGACCUGUCCAACUUCGACGCGUUCGAUAACAUCAUGUUGGACACGCAGCUCUCGGAUCUCCUGCCUGAGUUGGAGAACACAGACUCCAGCGACCGCAGUAUCGACCACGGUAGCGACCCGCCAGAGAAUGGGACCUACGGCCGCGGGGAGAGGCCAGCUCGCAGAAACGAGCUCGUGUGCAUCACCGACUUCUCACCAGAGUGGUCCUAUCCAGAGGGGGGAGUGAAGAUCCUGGUGACGGGCCCGUGGCACUCCAGCACCACGGCCUACAGCUGUGUGUUUGAUGACAUCAGUGUCCCCGCCAGCCUGGUGCAGAGCGGGGUCCUCAGAUGUUACUGCCCGGCCCAUGAGACUGGCCUGGUGACCCUGCAGGUAGCGGCGAGCGGAGUGCCUAUCUCCAAGUCUGUCGUGUUUGAGUACCGGACGCGCAGCGUUCUACAGAGCCCCGGCACACAACGGGAGUGGCUCUCCCUCGACGAGCGGCAGUUUAAAAUCUCCAUCCUGGAGAGACUCGAGCAGCUGGAGAACCGGCUGGGUACCAGGAGGGGGGUGGGGCAACAGGACAGCUCUGGACAGGGUUCAGGCCAGGGUACCCAGCAUUCCCUGGAGGACCGUCUGAUCGCGGUCUGCUCUCAGCUGAUGACUCGCACCUGGAUCAAACCCGAGGCUGCACUUCCCACCUGCUCCGCUAGGGGGAUGACGCUGCUGCACCUGGCAGCUGCACUGGGCUACAGAAGACUGGCUGAGAAACUCAUGGUCUGGAGAAGCCAGAGUUCCAGUGUGGUCCUGGAGGUAGAGGUGGACCCACUCAAUGUCGACCACUUCAACUGUACACCACUGAUGUGGGCCUGUGCCAUGGGCCACACGGACACGGCAUACUUCCUGUGCCGGUGGAACCGGGCCGCCCUGACCGUCCCGGACUCCCUGGGUCGCCUGCCCGCAUCCGUGGCGCGAGCCCGCGGCCACCCGCGGAUCGCCGAGGAGCUGGAACUCACCCAACAUCAGGAAGGCCAACAACUCCCGGUGGCGUUCAAGCCCCCGCCGGUCCACCACGUUUCACCGUUCUCCCCCCGGAGCCUGACGCUGCCGCUCGGCGCGGGGUUACGCCUGUCUCCGCUGACCCCGCUUGACCCCGAGCACUCACCGUCUUCAGCCUGCUCUACUCUCAGCUCCGCCUCCCCCAACUCCACAAACCUCUCACCAAACAACCAGGACGCAACACGCAAGAGUGCCCCCCAGCUCUCUCAGGAGGAACUGCAGCUUCUCCUACAGAGGUCUAUCUCCCAGAUCAACACCAACGUCCUAAAUUCCGGCUCCAACAUCUUACACUCCAGCACCAAUGUCUUAAACCCUACAGCCAAUGUCUUGAACUCUAGCACCAAUGUCUUGAACCCCGGCACGAACCUGUUAGACCCCAGCCUGGUGAAGAUGGAGACAGAGGAAGCCAUGCACACGGACCAGCCGGCUCUAUCAGAGAGCCUGCGGGCGAGACACCUACGACAGACACAGACAGAGGCCAUGCAGUACAGUGAGGAUGGUUAUGAGAAGGACCUGGAGGCCGGUGAGCUGCCGCCCUCCCCCCAACAUGACUCCAUCUUGCUACUAGCCGAGCGGAUCGUUUCGGCGCUGCCGCCACGCUUCGUAGAUGACCAGGAAAUGUCAGACGAGGACUACUCCUUCCUGGACCACACCUACCGGGAUGUCACCACACCAGGAUCAGUGGACAGUCCCGUUGACCUGGACAGCCCAGAUGACCUGCUGGAGGACUUUGCGAUUGACCCCCACGACCCCCCGCCGACCCGGGAGGAGUGGUGCGAGUUCCUGAAUGCCUCUGGGCGGGUCACGGAGGAACUGCAGAGCCUCACACUCACAGACCAGGAACAGAAGAAGCUAUACCGAGCAGCAGCUGUCAUACAGAACGCCUUCCGCCAGUACAAGAGUCGCCGGCAACGACGGCUACGUGAGAUUGAGGCUGCGAUUCUGAUCCAGAACUACUAUAGACGAUAUGCCAUGUUCAAGAAGAUGAAUAGGGCGGCCAUCUUGAUUCAGAGCCGGUUCCGACGCUACUACGAGCAGAAGAGGUUCCGGCAGCUUUACCGCGCCGCUGUACUCAUCCAGAGCUACUUCCGAUCCUUUCGCGAACACGAGAGAUUCCGACAAUACCGCCGCGCCGCCAUCAUUAUACAGAAACGGUUCAGAGGUCACUGCCAACGGAAGAGGCGUCUUCAGGAGAUCAUGCAGCAGUACAGACAGAGUGUGCUCUGGGACUAUAGAAGUGUUUUCCUGACUGCUGGAGCGGAGCUCCCCGGUUGGCUGGAUUACGCCCCUUACUGAGUGCAUGUGACUGGAAUCAGCUGAUCUUGUGAUGAUCAUGUGACCUGCAUGGGCUGAUCAUGUGACUGACACGUGGACCAAUCAGGCAGCAGCAUGAGAAGAUGCCAAGUUUGUGUAGUAAAAACAUGGACACAAAUGCUUACAAUGCAGUAUACCUUCUGCACAGGGCAAAGCUUUAUACGUUUCCUUUCUCCCAGUUUUACUCUGUUCAACUUUAUCUGGAAAGAUACGGUAACAAACUUACAUUCCAUUGACUUUGAACUGUUUGUGUUACUGGCAUCUAAGCGAGGCAGCUAGGCAGGAACUACUGAGAUAUUUUACAGGAGGUUUUAAGCUACUUCCCAGGGCUGAAUGUUGACAGUUGCCUUAGCCCUGACCUUGACCUUGGGGUCACACCAGGCAGGUCCUGGUCUGAUGACCUUGACCUUUCACAAUGUUCUCCAUCCUAGAAGUGUUGCCAAAUUGUCGAGUCACUUGAAAGAAGAAAAAAAAGAGCUUUGAUAAAUUCAUGUUAAAUGCAAUUUCAUGGCAAAAGAGAGAUGCAAAGAGAGCAGCUGUAUAUCAAACAGGUCAUGGGUCGUGACCAGAAAGAGUGCAAAGGUCAUGGGUCAUUAACAGGAAGAGUGCAAAGGUUAUAAGCAAUGGGAGCCAUUUUGAGUACUGGCUAUUAAAUAGAGACUGUUGUACCGUCUACGGCUGAAAGCAAAUCAGCGCAACAUGUGUUUGGAAAUGUCCAAAAGUUCCCUUGCAACUGUAAAAAUACUGUGCACAAAAUGAAUAUUAUGAAUAAUAUUUAGCAACCUUCACAAGUCCCCCCCCCCCUUUGCACUCCUGCCUGUGACCCUGCCAGUUAGCACUCAUAAUGCCAAUGACCUGUAUAUUUGGCACCUUGUAUAUACAUGAUAUUGUACAACAUAACCCACCGUGCGGCAUGGACUUAACCACUGUACCAGCACCUACUGCUGGCCA